AUGUGUAAGUAAAGGUGUCGUCUGCUUUAGUAUGCAAGUGUACUGGAUAGAGAGGCCUAUGUUGAAACUUAAGUUUUCCAACUACUUUUUGUGAUAUCUCUUGUGACAAGGAGGGAUAACAAUCUGACUGCACAUGAACCUGGAACCUCUAUGGUAAUAAUGUAUUUUCUUUGGGCCCAUGAGCUGAAAGAUCUACUAAGCAACCACAUCCUCGCUUUCGUAGAAAGCCACUUACGUUGUGAGAUAAACCACCUGGAAGACGUCCUGCGGCGCUACCGAAAGCCUGCUUUCUUUUUCUCAGUCAGUACCGACCUUCCCACAGCAGACCAGAUUUUGUACUGACAACACUGGCGGCUUGCUGCAUACCAGUGCCAAAAAUAUGGAAGGUGUACAGCAACAGGAGCGGCAGCAGCAACCGCCGCCCGUGAUCGUUCACCAUUCAGUGGCCAAUUCACCACUCAACACCUGCCUGCGGCGAUACCAGCUUCGCAUCAGAGUGUCAGAGCGUACAAUACCUGGAAGUGUAAUAUUUCCCAGGUCUGGUGUGGCCUUCUUUUAUCUUCCGCUUUCCGCUGUCCCGAUGACGGACAUUCAGCAGUCAGGUGUAUUUCUCAGGAUUGGCGAAUUUGCACAAGUCCAUGGACACAGUUAUGUUGUCGUGGUGACUCAAAAACUGACAGAGACGACGAUGGAUUUUGUAGAAAAACUUCAAGCAAUGCAUCUGUCGUCACGCUUACAGAUUAUCUUGGCCCACAGCCCAUCCGAUGCUACGGAGGCUAUGCUGGAUAUUUCAAAGCUACAGUGUCCACCCGUGGGUACCGCAAUGCAGUUACGUUUCUGCCGACUGCUGGACAGGCUUCUUCUGGAGGGCACAGCUCAACGGCUUUUGUCGUCAGUCGGUCUCGAUUCCCACCAGAUCCAGGUUGUGCAAGACGGGAUAGGCAGCAUUGCACAGUUGGCUGCAGCGUCCUCUUCUGAUCUCAUGGAAUGCGCCCUCGAUUCCAAUACUUCACAGAAUGUUGUCAGGUUUUUUGGCGGCACAUCUCAGCAGUAACACUUGACUUUAUUGUGUAAAGAAUUUUAAGUAAUGUACCUAAAACGACGUUCUAUGCUCGCGUCUCGUUUAUUGCAUAUAUUGUCUUCAACCACUACACAUACAUAUAUCGAUCGGCUACAAAUUAACGUCCUUUUAACGAAUGGCAGGCUGGACUGAUUGUUGUAUACAGUCAACAGAACCGAGAUCUGGUCAAAGAUUAAUUUUGAGUAAACCAACAAUCUAAAAUGUACGUGCCUGAAACAUAGAUACUAGAUUUAGGGUGAUCUUAAUGGACAUUCAUGUUAAAUGGAUUAAUCCCAUUCGAUUAAUCUCGGUUCUAUUAUAAACCAAAAAAUUGUGAAAGCUUUCUAAUACAUCCUAUAACCGCAAUAUUAGGUAUAAGGCCAAUGUCAUAUAAAACUUCAGUUUAUAUUUUCAGUUUAAAAAGUGUUUUUGCUUCAUAGAUGAUCUUAUCAGCUUUAUAAAUGAGCUCUGUAUGGUGAAAAACAUUUAGAAGGACAACUUAACACAACCAGAACCCACUCCAAGCAGUUUUCACAUUAACAGCAAUAUUCAGAAAGCUUCUUAGGAACUAAAUUUAUUUAACCUGUACAGUAAUAUAAACUGAUACAUGGAACAAUGA